AAACCACUUGAAAACAGUUAGUCGAAACACCUUGAAGGCAAAACAACUUUUAAGAAUAGUUUCCAAUUUUUUGUUUUAAAUAGAAAAAAAAAAUAAUUUUUCUGUUUUGUUACGAUCUAUAUAACUUUUUGAAACAAAGCGUUGUAAUGUGAACGUUGAACGUUGAAAUGUUUAUAGUGACGAGAGGAAAAUAGAGUGGAAGUAAUUUGUACGAUGAAAGUUUUGUAAACAAAAGCUGAAUUACCAUGUUUUUCGAAUAGUUGUUCGUUGUAUGUACUCUCAGUGUUUACUUUUUCUAAGUAUAAAAUUGGAGCGCUUUUUUUUUGUGUCGUGUAUGGAACUACGAAAUAAUCAUAAUUUUCAAGAGAUGAAACGAUAUCAAUGGAGUUGAAACGAAACAUUGAUCACAACAGAGUGAAACCACUCGACGACGAGUGUAAAUCGAAAGAACAUCGACUAACUAAAGGUUGUACUAGUCUGAUGUAUGCUUGCCAACAAGGAAAAACCGGAACAAUUGUUACCGAACUGAGGAACAAGCCUUCAACAGUCUAUCAUCGUGACAACACGAACAAAAACGCUCUUCAUUACUGUAGCGGACAACGUGACCUCGUGGCGGCUGCUAGUGUCGCAAUCGCAGCUCCAGAGCUACUGGAGUCUGCUGAUGAAGAUGGUUUUACUCCACUGCACUUGGCUGUCAUUCAAGGAAAUAUGGCAUUGGUUAAUCUACUCUUAGCCAAUAAGGCCGAUGUAAAUGCAUUAGACAAUGAAGGACAUUCCGUCGUUCAUUGGGCUACAGUGUGUGGUGAAGUUGAAGCUCUUCGAGCAGUUCUAGCAGCCGGAGCGGACGUAUCGACGCCAGACAUAAAUGGUGGCAGUCCAUUGCAUUAUGCUGCCCAAAUGUGUGGAGCACAUUACGAUGGAAAGUCUGGAUUGCAUUCGUCACGGCUGGCAUUGGAAAUACUGAGUAUUUUCUUACAUCAUCCGCAUACUGUCGUUGAUGUCAUUGACAAAGAUGGUCGACAACCAUUGUUAUGGGCUGCUUCAGCAGGUUCGGCUAGAGCUGUUAUGGCAUUGGUGAAGGCCGGUGCGAGGAUCGAAUGCUCUGACAAGGAUGGAUUAACAGCGCUGCACUGUGCCGCUUCCAGAGGUCAUACAGAAUGUAUCGAUACAUUAAUCAGCUUGUGUGGUGCACCAACAGACCUAAUAGAUUCCAAUGGCUGUACAGCUCUUCAUUACGCCGUUACACUGGGACAUGCCGAUGCAACGUCAGUUCUAUUAGAUUUAGAAGCCGAUCCCAAUCGACAAGAUAGAAAAGGUCGUACCCCAGCUCAUUGUGGUUGUGCAAAAGGUCAAUUCGAAACGGUGCGAAUGUUGCGAGAAAGAAAGGCGAACAUGUGGCUACGGAAUGCUAAAGGUGAUCUGCCAAUUCAUGAAGCAGCCUCUUCCGGUCGACGGGAAUUGGUCGAAUGGCUACUGGAACAGAAACCAAGACAGGUCAAUAUCACCAGCAAUGAUGGUCGUACCAUCUUACAUAUCGCAGCGGGAAAUGAUUACACCGACAUGUGCAAGAUGCUGCUUGACUUUGGUGCCGACGUCAAUUCCAUAUACCGUACUUCCAGAAACGUAGUCAUGACACCGUUAGACUGUGCCCUCCAAAAAGGCUUUCGUUCGACAGCAAAAUUUCUUCAGCUUCAUGGUGGACUUCCAGCUAGUAAACUUCGUCUCUCCGGGCGAAAACCGAAUGCUUUGAAUGAUCAAGAGCUGGUAAAACCACUUAGCUUCACAACCAACGAAACCAAAUCGGAACAGCAAACGGGCGAUACGAAAAAUUCGAAACAUUUCGUGGUCUAUUUGAAGCGAUCUGAGUCCGACGAGCACAGCUGUGAUGAGAAAGUAGUUCCUAAAUCGCAUCAAAGUCGGUGUGAUCAUCAUCAUCAACAUCAUCAUCAUCGACACCGGUAUCGAUUUCGUACGAGUAGCGUUGAAACGUUCAAACAGAAAGACGAUAGUUCGAGUGAUAUGUGUCGUUCGAAAAGUAACAUUGAAAUUCAUCGGCGACGAAAGUCGAGACAUCGAAGGGGCUCGUCAUCGGUCAGCGAAGACAGUUGUUCAAGCAGUGAAGGGUGCAGCUGUCAUAAGUAUCGGAAAAGAGACAAACACAAGCACAAGAAAAGGGAAAAGGCAUCGUCCAGACACGUUAAGUCGAAGAGCAAUAGUAAAUCCAGCAAUGAUGACGACAGCGAAAGUGAUGAUAAACGAAGUAAAAGAAAAGAUAAAAAGUCGAAAAAGCCCAGCACAUCCGCGGACGAAGUGGCUGCGAAAGCCAAAGACACCCGAAAAGAAAAUAAAACCAAAAAUAAAUCGGAAAAUCGAAAGGAAACCGAACAAACAAAAGAAUCGGAUGCUCCUGCUGAGAGUAAAGUAAAUGAAAAAGUGGUGAAGCGACCCCAGUCGGCAAAAACUUCAUCAGCACAAAAGCGUUCACAAGAACAAAAUAAACGGCCAGUUGAUGAUGCUAGUUCAAAAGUCGAAACAAAACAAGCUGCCCAACGUGAAGCAUCAGUCGAUGGACGCGUCAACAGUAAGUGCGAUUUAAGUGACGAAAGCGCCAAGAUUGUAUCUGAGACUAUUGUAACGAGAGCCGAUGUCCAUUCGGAAGAUGUGAAACCGCCGAGUAAUGAGAACAGUCAACCAACAGUUGAGGUGGUCGUUGAUGAAUCUGCAAAAUCUCCAUCAAACGACAAAAAAAUUAAUGAGCCGGUGAAGAACGCCGAUGGCAAUCUCACAGACUCAACGUAUACGGUAGAUAAUAGUCCCAAAGACAAUGUUGGUGACACAGUGCAAGUCGAACAGCCGAAUCCAACGAAAAAUGAGAGUCAGAAUGUUGUAGUGAACGAGCAGCCCGUUCAAACGAAUGACACGUGUACACCAAGCGCAGCAAAAACAGAUCAAACAAAUGAAAAUGAACACAAUGACGAACCAGUGCUUCCAGUAUCGAACACCACUGCCAUGGACAAUAAACCAGCUGAUGGCAGUGAACUGCUUCCAACGGUAGAUCAAAGUUUCGAAGUGAUUCCUGACGGCACCUUGGAUAAUGAAUUGCGGCCGUCACCUGAAAGGGAAGAACAACGAAAAAGUAGUUUUACGGUGCUAGCCAGUGAUGAAUCUAUCGACCAUGAAGAUCCAUUUUCUGAAAUUAUCGUAAAACAGGACAGAUCGAAAAGCUUCCAGAUAUUAGGCAGUUUUGACAAGCCAGAAACUGCCACAAAUGACGACGAAGAAGACCAGGAGAAUCCGUAUAGUUCUGACGACGAUGUGGAUGGCGUCAACGAUGACAAUGUGCACGACGAAUACGAUAUGGUGAAUCGAGACGUACUGAGUGGCGGCACGGGUCGCCGAAAAAGGCUGAAGAAGCGUGUGAAAAGUGUCAGUAAACAAUUCUCGGUUGAUGUUCCAAAUCAGUUGAUCGACGACGCUCAGAAGCAAUUGAGCAAAGAUCAUGACUCGGGAUUCGAGCCGAGUCCACGUGCUUUGCGUACUAAGAUACCCAGUCCUAGGACAAUUUACACUGCCGUAAUGCCAAGAAAAUCUGUGUUCGCUAAUUUAGAUGGACGAUCUUGUGUGAGUCGAUUGGAGGGACGAAAGCCGGGUGAUAAGAAUUCCGUUAACAUGAGUACAGUAACGCAGUCGAUCCAGAAGAAUAUUAAAAGAUAUUAUAUGGAACGUAAAAUAUUUCAACAUCUUCUCGAGUUGAAAAGCUUACAGAUACGCUCCAGCAAAAUCAACGAAUCGGUGUUGGUAAAACGUGCUGUAGACGAUUAUCACAAAUCAACCCUUGCUCUGGGUUUGGAAACGGGUGGCUCAUUAAGACGAUAUCCGUAUAAAGACUAUACAUUCAAAAACUUUGAAAUAUUUUUAUAUGAAACGUUAAAGAGUCUCCAGAAAACCGGAACAUAUAAUUUUCAGAAUAUAUCUGAUGUUUAUAAGGAAGCUGAAAGAAGAUUAAGCCCGGAUUACAGUCGGUAUGAAAAAGCUUUGCAGUGUACUUCGAAAACACAUCGAUGCCUUCAUUCGGCACAAGCUUAUUUAAGUCGUCCUGCCCACGCCUACACCGGAAUACCGUGUGCAGCUUACAUUCCAACGAUGCGCUACGAUCAUCAUACGAUACCGAAGUAUGGAUUCGGGCCGUUAAAAUCAGCCGGAUUGGGCAGCUUCUAUUUGCCGAAAAUAUCAACGAAAAACGGGAAGGGUGAUAAAGUAUCACUUGAACUAUCUCAUGGAAAUAAUAAGCAAUUGAUAUCACUGCCAUCAGAGAAACUGGAUAGUAAUAAGCGAUAUUAUGUAACGUUUACAGUGAAAGGAAAUGAAAAUAAUCAUAAUAAUAAUACAACAAGGGAACAGUCGAACAAGGGAUGAUAAUAAAAUAUAGAAAUGUAAGACGAGAAGACAGAGCAAAAUCGUUUAUAUUUUUAGU